UUGUUUUUAUUUUUAUUUUAAAAAGAUCCGGGUUUAUCCUUUGUUCUCGGGUUUUUUGGGUGAUUUCUACGAGUGUGAAAUUAGAGGUUGGUGAAGAGAGGGUUGAGGAAGAAAGCGAGGCAGAAUCGUGAGCACGGGAGGUGCGAAGGGAUUCGAUUCAAGUGUUUUUUCGAUUCAAGGGUUUUACUAAGAGAAGUUUCGAACCAGCAACCAUGAAGCUUAAAGAGAUGGGGGGAGGUAACUGGAAAAAUCAGAAGUCGAAGAAGAAGCAAAACUUACAACGGCAGAAGAGAGGCCCUCGUUUGCCUUCUUCUUUGCAAAAGCAGAUUGACCGUUUAAACCCUACAACUCCCUUAGAGAGUGCCGAUUCUGACGACAACGACCUUUACGAAUACGAGGAAGAGAGGGCAGAGGAAGAGUCUAGGAAAAAUAAGCGUUACGACCCUGUUUCGGUUAAUGAUGACCUCUCUGAAGAAAUUGAGGAUGAGAAUGUGCAGUCUGAUGAUGAAAGUGGGGACAGUGAUUACAUUGGGACAAAGAAGGAUGAAAAUGUUCAAAGUGAUGAUUCUGGAGAAGAAGAUGAUGGGAGGCAUGCAAGGAUGCUACAAGCAAUUACUGGUAUGCCUAGUGAGGCUUUUGAAGAGAAUAAGAAGAAAAAGAAGACGAUGAAUGACUUUGUUAUCCCAGAGCUAUAUCCAGGACCUGAAUAUAAUCCUAGUCGUGAUGUUGGGGAAGGUAAUGCACGUAUUAGCAUAGAGGACCUACUGAAUCCUCUUAGUGAAAAGCCGACUUAUGGAAAACUUCGGAAGAGACAGCUUCAAAUUAUGAAGCAUGGUAGAAUUGUUCAUGCGCCACUUUCAAAGGCAGUUCAAGCAAAGGUAGAGAGGACAGCAGCCUAUGAAGUAUCAAAGAAAGAUGUCAGCAAGUGGCAGCAUAUUAUUCAGAGAAAUAGAGAGGCUCCAACUAUUUUCUUUGAUGAAGAUGUGAAUCUAGGAUUUUCAACUGUAGGAGCAAUAGCUUCUGAAUUUGAACCCAGAACUGAAUUUGAGAAGAAAAUAGCUGCACUAGUUUAUGACAAUGAAGUAACGGAUGCCCAUAAAAAUGAUGGUUCUAAGCUUCUUGAAAUGAACAAGGUGUCUAUUGAAGAUGAGAAAGAUAGACAAAAUCGGAUUGCUAAAAUGCGGAGCCUUCUUUUUCGUCAUGAAAUGAAGGCAAAGCAUAUUAAAAAGAUCAAGUCCAGGACAUUUCAUCGUUUGUUGAAGAAAGAUAGGUUUAAAGCAGAAGCUUCUCAGAUACAAAUGGACCCCGAAGCUGCUAAAGAACAUGCCAUGAAACGAGAGCGUGAAAGGGCCGAGGAACGUAUGACUCUAAAACACAAAAACCAGAAUCGGUGGGCUAAGCGGAUUAUACAACGUGGCUUAAAUAGCCAAGAUGAAGGAACACGCGCGGCUAUAGCUGAACAACAUCAAAGACAUGCUGAAUUGACUAGAAAAAUGCACUCUAUGAAGGAUAGCAGCAGUAGCAGUGAAGAUACCAGUGAUGAGGAUGACUUUGAAAACUCUGCUGGUUCUGAUCAGGAGAGGGCUUACAAGCUUUUGGGAAAAGCUAGAGAUAAAACCAUGAAAGUGUUGGAGGAAGAGAAUGAAGUUCCCAAAUCAGGAUUGCUUUCUUUGCCUUUUAUGAGGCGCGGAUUGGAGAAAAGAAGAGAGGAAGCUGUUGAAGAAGCUAACCUUGCUUUCCAAGAAUAUGAAGAUUCCUUGAAGAAACUGGAAAAUUCUGGUAGCUUAGAAGAUCCAAAAGCUGCUUCUACCAGUGGUCGAAAAGUAUUUGGACCAGCCAAAGCUCAAAUAUCUGAUACCAGUGUUAAGGUAAAAUCAUAUAAUAGCUAUGGUGGCAGUGAUAGUGAGGAUGACUUGGGAAUCGGCAAAAGUGACAACAUGGAGAAUAUGGGAAGUCACCUUUUGCAUAACAAGGAUUCAGUUGUAAUUCAAGAAGACACUGAUACUCACAAGGAAUCUUUGUUGAAGACCAUUGAUGAUAUUAUUGAAAAUCCUGGGCCAAAAACUACAUGUGAAGUUUCCAUAUUUGUGUCAGAUCAGUGGAAAAAGGCAAAGAACAAAAAUGAAAACACAACUAUCAAGAAGUCUCCAAACCUUACAGGGCCAGUUAGGCAAAAUAAAAAAGAUGCUGAAAAGGAAAUUGGAGAGGAUAGUGAUACCGAUAGUGUAGGGCAGAUGGUGGAUGGAAUUCUGUCUUCUGUUUCUAAAGUGCCUUAUGAACUUCCUUCUCAAGAGGAGCUCAUUCGGCAAGCGUUUGCAGGGGAUGAUGUAGAAGGGGAUUUUGAAAAGGACAAGCAGGAGAUCCUCGAGGAAGAAAAUCCUGAGCCAGAAAAGCCUCUGUUACUUCCUGGCUGGGGCCAGUGGACACAUAUACAGGAAAAGAAAGGUUUACCAUCUUGGAUGCUGAAAAAACAUGAAGAUGCCCAGAAAAAAAGGGCAGAGGCACUCAAAAAGAGGAAGGAUGCUCAGCUUAAAAACGUGAUUAUAUCUGAAAAGAUAGAUAAGAAGGCUGAAAAACUGCAUACUAAAUCACUGCCUUUCCCGUUUACUUCCAAAGAGGUGUUUGAACAGAGCAUGCGUGUGCCCAUCGGACCUGAAUUUAAUCCAGCAACUGCAAUUGGUCCUCUUACCCGACCCGAAGUGGUGAAGAAACCAGGUGUUAUAAUAAAGCCAGUGGAGUUUGAAGACGUGAAUCCUCAUGAAAAAUCAGAACAACGAAGUGGUGAUAAGCGAAAGUUUAAGAAAACUAGUGGCAAACCCGUGAAAAAGGCGAAAGUUGGAGGAAAAAAAUAAUGGACAUUAGUUUUGGUUCUGAUCCAUUUAUUUAAUAUUCCCAGUUUUGUGUUUCUUUUGGAGAAAGAGGAUAAACAUUUUUGCAGGAUAGAAGAAAACGGUUAAGAUAAAAAGAAAUUGAAAAGCUGGAGAAUUUAGUAGAGCUCCGGAAGCUUAUGGCAUGCAAAGAGUAAAAAAUAGAAGAAUUAGAAGAGUUGGUGUUGUAUUUUUGUGGGGGUUGUUUCCCCUUAAAUAUUAUCAGUCCAAUAUACAGGUGGAAAACAAUGUUAUUUAUCUUUGUCACGUUUGUUUCUCAGGAAACCGUCAAAUUUCAUUAUUGUAAUCUUACCUUUUCUGUUA